ACUUACGAGGUUUUCAAGGUGCACUGUACAUCCCAGACCAGGUUUCUAAGCCAAGUGCUCAUGAUAUGAUCCAGCUAGCUUAUAGGAGGACAUCAACAAUCUCCUUGUGAAUAAUGGUUAAAAACGGAUCUCACUUGGACAAUGAAACACUGGCAAUGCUCCAGAAUAAAGCUAUCUCUAUCACCCUCCCGGUAGUGUAUACACUGGUGGCUUUCAUCAGUAUCCCUGGCAAUUUGUUCUCCCUUUGGGUCCUCUGCUGGCAUAUCAAACCCAAAACAUCUUCUGUUAUCUUCAUGAUCAAUCUGAGUAUCACGGAUCUCAUGCUGGCCUGCUGCUUUCCCUUCCAGAUUAUCUAUCAUACCCAAAAUAAUCACUGGUCUUUUGGCAAGACUCUCUGCAGCCUUGUAACUGUGAUGUUCUACUCCAACAUGUAUUCUUCAAUACUGACUAUGACUUGUAUCAGCAUCGAGCGGUACAUGGGGGUGGUAUAUCCCAUGAAGUUAAUAAAGUGGAGAAGAAAAAGGUAUGCUGUGGCUGCCUGCAUAGGAAUGUGGACUUUCUUGCUGUUAGCUCUCUACCCACUAGAAAGCACAGAUCUGACCUAUGAAGUGAAACAACUGGGGAUUGUAACCUGUUUUGAUGUCCUCAAAUGGGAAAUGCUGCCCAACUUUGCAGCCUGGGUAGCCUUUCUCCUUACGUUAUUUAUCGUGCUCUUUCUAAUCCCUUUCAUUGUAACAGUGGGAUGCUAUAUUGGCACCAUUCGGAAGCUUAUUCAGACAUCUAACAGAUAUGGUAACAAGCAGAAGACUAGAUCCAUAUACCUGGCAAUGAUAGUUCUUUUGGUAUUCAUCACCUGCUUCGCCCCCAAUAACUUUAUCCUACUUGUGCAUAUGAUCAGCCGCCUAUUUUAUGACAAGAGUUUGUACCCUGCCUACAAGCUCACUUUGUGCCUCAGUUGCCUCAACAAUUGUAUCGAUCCCUUCAUUUACUAUUUUGCAUCCAAGGAAUUUUACCAGAAAUUCAUGCAAGUGUUUCGUCCUAAGGCACUGCUCAGUGACAGCUUGGAAAAUAGAAGGGAAAGCUUAUUCUCUGGCAGGACCCUGUCAGCCAGGUCUAUGUCAAGUGGGCCUAUGGAUGGGUUAGAAGGAGUAAAAGUCUAUUUGCAAAGGCAGGAAAGUGUUUUUUAGCCUUAAACUUCCUAAGCAGAAAGGCACCUGUGAGUUCCAUGAAUAGACAAAGAAGCCAUUUCUUUUUGGAUGGCUACCUUCAAACUAACUUGCUCCAGUGACAGAAAUUUAACUAUACUCAAGAGAGAGUAUCUCACAUGCUACUUUAGUAAGCUACUGUUUCCUGGGAAGAAAUGGAAGAAUAAGAGGAAUUGAGCUUAUUCAAGGAGCCAAUGAGGCCAAAACAUCAUUGAUCAUUAAAGGUCAGCCUGGAAUGGAUUCGGUUUCAUGAAAUAAAAGGAUAAGUUUAGGACAAAAAUUACUUUCAGAUUCUCUGAUUUCAAGGAUUAGACAAAGGCUUUUGAUUCUCAGAGAAUGUGAAAUAUUACUGUAUAUGAACUAAAGCAUACACUGAAGUGGGCCUUCAGUGGCUUCGGUGGAAGUGGGAACACAGUGGAGUUAUUUUUUCUAAGCAAUGUUGUAUUUUUGAUGUAUUGCUUUAUCUUAGGUUGUAUUUCCAUAAAAGAAUGAACAAAAAGAGUUUGUUAUUUUACCAUUAAUGCAUUAUGUAUAGCCACUGUGAAUUCUCCACAACAUUCACCCAAUAUCUGUAUCAAACCAUACUAACCUUUGAAAAGGUUAGGUUAAUUCACAUUAUUUAUUUCAAUUUUGUAUAGCAAAAUAUAAAUGAAAAAAGCUAAAACUAACAGUGUAUGGGAUCACUUCAGCUGCUGAGCAGGUUAUAUCAUUAUUCUUUGAAGUUAUUAAUUUCUCAGGAGAGUAGAGAGCAGCUGGUUUAAGAAAACAGUUUUCUCACACUGACCUACUAAAGUAAUAAUGCUGCUGCUGGUUUAUGACUGGUAUCAACAAGUCAUUUUCACCAAUUCUCUAUAGGCCAUUUUGAAGAAUCAUCACCCGCAGCACAGAAAUUUGCUUUAUAUUGCAUGAGGAUGAUGAAUUUAUCUUCCUUAUGGAGGUGGUGUCAGUUGUUAACCAAAUUUUCAGCUAAAUAUAUAAGAAUUCAACAACAAAUUGGAGUGAUUCUAUACCAUCAGAAACCUGUGUGGACAGAUAUCAGAAUGUACUUAUUUCAAGCAGUUAAAGAAGGAAAAAAAAAUGAAAGCAAGUCUUGAGAAUGUGAGAGCUACCAAAUAGCCUGGAAGUAGGUUGUGAAUAUAAGCAGGCUGAUUGUGCAGUCCUAUGUCUGGGACUUCUCUCUGAAAUAACCUGCUCCACCCUGUUGCUUAUAUUGUGUCAUGUUCUUCUCACAUCUCAGCAAUUGCCCGCGUGCUUAGGAAGACAACAGCCACUGAAUAUGUCCUGGGGGACAGAUGAAGGCAGAGUGACUCAGAACUGUAUUUUUCCUGCAGUAUUUACAGUUUUACACCUACUUUUGGCUUUCAUGACAGUGAAGAGCCAAAACUGCCUGACAGAGCCAGAUAGAGCCAGAGUAGGAGGCUCUCUUUAACAUCACACAUAGCUGGUUCAGACACCAAACGUCAGGUCUGCACAGAGCAGUGGCUGCCUGUUAUACCAAAUUCUCAGGUACAGUAGUUCCUGUAUCUGAGUAAAGGCAUCAGGCCAAGGCUGCUACAAUAUAUGUCUUUUUCUUUGUAUAUGAUAUGAUUAAAAUCCGGUUUUCCCCCACUGAUCAAGGUGUGAUUUGCUCUGUACUUUAACUUUGUCGCCGCCCCAAAUUUUACCAUGGUCUUCGCUAUAGUGGUUGAAUAACUACAAAAUGGACAGUGAGAUAUUUGUAUGUUCUACCUCUGUCAAAGUAUCAUUAGUUAUCAGAGCAGGAUAAAAGUCAGUAGACCUAGUGGUACCUUUCAAAAGUCAUGUAAAGUGUUUUGUGUCACUUCACAGUGUUAGUUUCAAGUUACAAGUAUUUUCUGUCUGCAAGGCCAACCUUAGCAACAAAUAGUCAAUCCAAACUUUCCCAUCAAAUUACUCUGUGUAAGCUACCCUCAUUAGCUGCCUGUGUGCCAAGUGUGUAAGUGCAGUGAGAUGGGUUUGCAAUGCUAAAUCACCUCCUGUAUUCUGAAAGAGAAGAGCCCACUGAAGCCAUUCCUGUAUGAGUUGGGGCUCAGGUCCAAGUUCCUGUAUCAGCUCUAGCACGUGCUCCAGAACAUCUGCUUGUGCCCAGAUCUAUGCUUCUGGGCAGGAAACAUGAGCAGAGGGCUUGAGGAGGAAGAUACCAUAAGCUAGAAGGUGAAGAUGUGAGAUGAAAGAGUAACAUUUACUUACUACCUAAGACCAGGGAUGGAGGAGGAAGUAAAAAGAAAGUGGAUAAUUUUGCCUUUUUAAAAAGAAACUUUAAAGUGAUGCUUGCUUGCUGGGGUCUGUAUUUUCUACGGCCAGCUCAUCUGAUGCCAUUCAUUUUGAACAUGUCACUCAUAGUUAUCUACUAUAAAUGCUAUAGCAUAGUACUCUCAAAAAUGUUAUAUAAAUCUGAGAAGUUUGGAUAUAUGCCUCUCCUUACCCAUGCUGUCUGAAAACAUUCAAAGAUUUCCAGGUUCUUUCUAACCCAUUCCACAUCUAUAGGGCAGAAACUCAGUUUAUUCAUGUUUUGCAAGUCGUCCUAUGAAUUUAGCAGUGCAUGGCUCACCCUGGAAUUCAAAUCCCUUUAAGCAUCCACAUUCACAGAAUUCCGUAUUUCUCACUACCAAAACCGUUUUUGGCAUUUUACUGUGGCGGAAACUUUGUUUUGGAGGAUAUACUAAAAUACACUUUUUUUUAACAUACAAAUACAUUUGUAAUGAAAACAGUCACUUGCCCUGGCUCUAAUGCUGAUUUUCACUCUGGUAUAUUUUGAACCUAAUCCUGAAAUGCUUAGUACCUCCUGAAACGUGCUGAAACAUGCCUCAAUUAUAACUGACAUCAAAUUAAACUACAAGGGUAGAAAUUCUAUGUUUUUGAAAACAUCAAACUGCUCCUUUUGCAAGACAGAAAAGAUGGUCACAACUGACUGAAAAUGUUCUCUCCAAUCUCACACAGCCCUUCCUAGUACUCCAUCUCUCUUCUGACGCUGCCUGAAAAGCAAUAGGAAGGAGGCCUCACUCAAGUACCUCUUCAUGUCAUCUCACUAACUAGCCUAUAGUUAGCUCACAUAAAGCAAAAAUCCCCUGCAAGUCAGUGGGACUGUUCCUUGAGUGAGGAACACAGAAGUGAUCCUAAUAACAAUCUUUUGAGUCUGACAGUAUAUACUGUGAUUUUUUUGUCUUAAGAGAAUAGAAGAAGAAAUUAUUUUCAGAAGCAGCCCACUGCACUGUUCUUCAACACUGGAAACAUGUCCUUAUGGGACACCAUAAGGUGACAAAACUGCUACCGUCUUUAUUCAGUGGGCGUGUAUUGAUAUAUGUAUAUACAGAUGUAUAUAUGUGUAUACCAAUUGAGGAGUUAUCAAGAACUUCAUAUCUAUACCUCCUUCAUUUGGAGAAAUGUGGAUUUUGAGUGACAUUUUUACUUGUUUGCCUGUACUGAAAAGAAGACAUGACUGUAUGGGCUUCUGUUUUUCUCUGACUUGUAUUGUUUAACAAUUUAA